UUUCUGUUAACAUAAAACUCAUAUAUUUCAGAAUGGUACUUGUCCACAUUGUUCUAUUCAAGUUCCGCGCGGACGUCGGAGACGAAGUGAAGCAGGAGUUCCUUUCCCAAAUUAAGACACUCAAGUCCUUGCCCUGUGUUAAAAGUCAGAGACUUGUUGUUGGAGGUCCCUCAAUCACAACCCCAGUUGAAAAGAGCAAAGGAUUUCAAUAUGCUCUGGUGAGCUACCAUGAGGAUCGAGCAGCAUUGGCUGAGUAUCAAGCUAGCAGUGAGCAUGAAAGAGUCACAAGCACCUACUUUAUUCCUUAUAAGGAGGAUCUAGUUCGGUUUGACUUUGAGACCGAUCAAGCCGACGAUGCGCUCCUUGGGUUUUGAUAUAUUCGAUGAUAAUGUCAGUUAUGGAAGGAUUAUCAUGUAAGAGCAAGCUCUACGUAUUUUGCAGGUGGAGGGCAACAUAGACAUACAAAGUACAAUAUGGAGAAAAGCAAGAGUCUCCGUGGAGUGGGUGCGGCUCAAAGGCCUGAGUCAAAGCGACCGAAGCAGAAGGCGCUAUAUCACAUCCUCACGUCUCGACGAGCAGGGCGUAUUUUCUUUAUCAGUCAAGCAUGCUUUAUUUUUAGCUUGGCGACAGUUUGAGAUGCUUGAUAUCCUGGGGAUUCCAGUGGACACAUGUUCAUCAAAAU